AUGGAGCAAUUCUGCAAGACAGUUCCUAGCUUUCUCACCAAACUGUGGGUAAUAGUCGACGACGCCGUUUUGGAUCAUGUGAUUCGCUGGAGCAAGGAUGGUCACAGUUUUCAGAUUGUGAAUGAAGAAAACUUUUCUAAUGAAAUACUACCAAAAUACUUCAAGCAUAACAAAAUAGCCAGCUUUAUUCGACAACUCAACAUGUAUGGUUUCCGAAAGAUUUCACCGCAGAGUGAAAAGACUACUGAGGAAAUGAAAGUUGCCAUGGAAUUUCAGCAUCCACUCUUCAAAAAAGGAGGAGCCUGUCUUCUUGAAAAUAUUAAGCGAAAGGGGCCAACAAUAAAAAUUGACGAUGCCAACCUCUACUCUGAUGAAUUUCAGAAAAUUCUGACUGAAAUGCAAGAGCUUAGAAACGCGCAGAGCGACAUGGAUGCCAGAUACUCACAAAUGAAACAGGACUAUUCAAACCUACAUCUGGAAAUGACAAACCUAAGAAAGAAGUACUGUGAGCAACAGCAGCUGUUAACACAGGUACUCUAUUUUAUCUUGGAUUUGAUGAAUGGAAAUCAUACAGUCCUAAAAAAGAGGAAAAGGUCCCUAUCAUCCAUAUCUGGAGUUUCAGAUUCUGAAUGGCAUCAUCAGUACUUUCAUAUUCCAGAUGACAAGAAGAAAGAAGCUAUGGAGAUAUUAAAAGAUGGUUAUGAACUUAUUGACGACAAAUAUAAAAGUCUUCUUGACAGAGUCUUACCAAUGUUGAAAGAAUCCGAAAACUUAACUUCAUCAGUAGACCAGCCAAGUGAAAAUGAUGGAAAAGACCCUAAUGUUCCAGUUCCUGAUAUACCUGUGAAUGAAGAUUCACUGACCAUUCAUUUAGAUUUGACCAUACCGUUUUUACAAGAAGAAAUAACUGACGAAUACUUUGAACAGGAAUCUGAGGAUAUUAAUUUGAAAUCAGUGCUUUCUUCUCAUGAUUCAGUUUUGGUGGAAGAUACAUCAGACACUCUGUGUAACAAUAUAAUUGACAGUGAUGAAGCGCAUAUGCAUCAUACGAAAGAGGACAUGCUAGAGCUAAAUUCAUUAUUAUCUGAGAAGACAGUGGACUUUGACUUUGAUCAUUUCAAUGAGAGUCUAAGUCUAAUGAAAAACGAAGGAGAAGGAAGUCUGCUUGAAGCCAGUGGGGAAAAAGACAAACAUGUGGAACAAGGCAUGGAAAAAUCUCAGCUUUUACUAUUAGAUGGGACAUCAGUAUGUGAUUUUGGAGAAAAUCUUCAAGAUUCUGGUGACCUCCUUUUGGAUAAUCUGAAGAACCCACCUAAUGUCUUACCAGCUUUAUGUGAUCAUGACUAUAUAACCUUCAACAUUUCCACUACACAAGAAGAUACUGCAAAUACCAUUGAAAAUGUUGUUCCCCAGUUAUCUAUGGAAGCCAGUGGGGAAUCCAAUGUAUUCCCAUUUCUCUUUCUCAAUCCUGUUACUAAUAUUUUUUGAAGAGCGUAUUAAGCUUAAUCUUCAAUUAUAAUUUAUUUUGAAUUUCAAUGAAUCUCACUUCCUGCUGGGAAAUAAAUAUUCCACAGAUGUUGGCUGAUAUAUCUAGCUUCAUCGUGUAUCUUCUGUAAUUUAAAAAUAUGUUAAAAUUGCUACCUCCCAGUAUGAAGACAAGCUUUGACAACUGGGAUGAAAUUCAAACCACAAAAAGAUAAGGAAUAUGUCCAAAUUUUAAAAUAACAAAAUGUUAGUUUUUAAUUUUAAGCCAAUAAUAUUCUAAUACCUUAUUUGUAAUAGUGUUAUUGCAUUUUUCUAAUUAGCAAAUUUAUGAAGCUAACCUUUGCUUAGAAUAAAUAGUCAUUCCAAGAUUUACUGGAACAAAUCUCUUGUAUGAAAGCAAGUGUUUGAGCUAAUGAGAAUGAUAUGGCUAAUGUUAGUCCUUGAUUUUACAGGUUAGGUUAUUUUAUAGCCAUUCUCUUUAUUACAGUCUUACACAAUUUUUGAUUCCUAAAGAAUGUUGAAAUUUCAGCAGAAUUGUAUUUUUCUGUCUACUGGUCAUCUGCUUUGAGAAUCAAAGUCAACACAUUGAUUCUCACCUAAAACUUUGGAGAAGAACUCCAAAAAUCAGACUUUAGCACAGUUUUUACUUAAAGCAUAAAGGAACCCAAUAGCAAGUGACUUAUUAGAAAUUAAAGUAAAAAAUUCAGUCAAUAAUUUCUCAGCUAUUUCUGUCUCUCAUUUCCAAAUGCAUCUUCAGCUUUAUCAGUAUUCUUUGACUCGUAUGUAAUUAUUUGAUAGAAUAUAAUGUUUCAAAAAAUAGUGUGGUUUUACAUAAGGCCGGAGCAGUUUUCAUACAAACUAUUUCAACAUUAACAUCCAUACAUGCCUAAGCAUUGAGCACCAUAGCACUUAGACUCUAGGAUUAUGUUUACUUGAAGAAGCACUGAGGAGCAUAUUUAACGUUUUCUGUUAGUAACCUGAAUGCUAAAACAUCAAGUUCGUAAAGGCUUCGGUCUAUGGCACUUUCCCAAUGCUCUGUUCAUCUGUUAAAACUCACAACAAUUGAGUCAGCUUUAAAAGGAAAGGGAAAUAGCUCAUUGCUUUCAGUGUCUAAUUUUAAAACGUGUGUGUGUGUGUGUGUUUUAAAUAAAAUGGUUUGUUUAGUUUUGAAAAGUGUCGAGGACAGUCCAAGUCUCGUGUAGUUCUGGCUGAACUGUUGCUGUCUUGUUAGUGUACUGUUGCAUACGUCAAUAA